AUGGGGAAGAACAAGAAUGCGACCAAGGCACUGACACAGGAAGAAAUCUGGGACGACUCUGCGCUCGUACAGAGUUGGGACGAAGCAGUAGAGGAAUACAAGCUCUACCAUAGCAUCCACGCCAAAGGGGAAAAUGUCGAAGAUGUACUGAGGGAUGCUCAAAACGCCGAAAAUGGGCAGGUAGCCCAAGCGGAUGGUCAAGGAGUGGUCGACAAAGAUGACCACAUGGAGGCCGAUGUUGAAGAGCCGGCGAUCGAUUCAGUAGCGGCUUCCUCUGAGGCUCAGCACAUACUACGGGCGGAUGUUUUGCAAAACGCAGGUAGCGCAGACGUUCCUGCUCAGAGAACGAAUGACCCAGUUGGGUCCAAUGUUAUGGGAGCUGCCAUGCCUCAGACAGUGUUAUCGCAAGUCCAAGAUGAAGGACUGAAAAACCUUAUGAUGUCCUGGUACUUUGCAGGAUAUUACACUGGCCUUUACGAAGGGCAACAGAGAGCAAACCAAAAUAAGAGUUCAUGA